AUGCAUAUCCUGGUCGUCAAUGACGACGGCCCGCCAAACGAGCGCGUCUCGCCUUACGUCCGCCCACUCGUCGACGAGCUCCAAUCCGCCGGCCACCUCAUCUCAGUCGCCAUCCCCGCCGCCUCACGCUCCUGGAUCGGCAAAGCCCACCUAAUCGAAGCCGAGCUAACAGCCCACCUCGUCCACCCAGACUCCUUCCGACCCGACGGAUCCUGGGACUCAACCUACAAGCCCGACCCUACAACCGAAGAUGGCGCCGCUGGCCCCCAAUCCGACUGGGUCGUCAUCCAAAACGGCACCCCCGCCAGCUGCACCCAGCUAGGCCUACACAACCUCUUCACCGACCUCCCACCAAUUGACCUCGUGAUCUCCGGCCCAAACCACGGCCGCAACGCCUCGACAAUCUACAAUCUCUCCUCGGGAACCGUGGGCGGGGCCCUGGAGGCUGUUUUCUGCGGGAAGCGCGGCAUCGCCAUCUCGUUCGGCAGCAAGGAUCCGCAGACCGAUAGCGUUAUUGCGGCUGCGGCCCGGCUGGCUGUGAAGCUUGUGGGGCAUCUUUGGCGGAAUUGGGACGAGCGUGUUGAGUUGUAUAAUAUCAAUAUUCCCAUGCGGGAGGACGUGGAGGGUCAGCCUGUGCUGUAUACGAGGACGUUGCCUUAUUAUUGGUCGCGGGGUUGUCUUUAUGCUGAGACGGAUAGGAGGAAAGAGGAGGCGAGGAGGGUUUUGAAUGGGGCGACUAAUGGGGUCAACGGCGUGCACAAGGAGACUAAUGGGGUUAACGGUGUCAAUGGUGUCAAUGGUGUCAAUGGUGUUAACGGUGUUAACGGUGCGCAUCAUGGUGAACCUGAGGCUGAGGCUGAGGCUGGGACUGUCUCUAAACAGCGCCAUUUCAAGUGGUCUGCUGAUUUGUCGGAUAUGAAGAAGAGGUUGCAAGAGAGUGAGGAGGGGACAGAUGCGCAUACCGUUCUGAAUGGCUCGACUAGUGUGACUGCUUUGCGCGCCAACUUCUGGCACGUCCCUGGUCUGGAAGGACCGAUAGAUCUUGAGCUGUGA